AUGGAUGUAUCAUCAUUCACACCAGAUAGGAUCAGAAACUUUAGUAUUAUUGCACAUAUUGAUCAUGGUAAAACAACAUUAAGCACAAAGUUAUUAUCGUUAACAGGUACAUUACCAGAGAAGAUUUAUGGUAAGCAGUAUUUAGAUAAAUUGCAAGUCGAAAAAGAACGUGGUAUCACUGUUAAAGCACAAACAUGCACAAUGAUAUAUCGUAAUAAAGAGGAUGGCAAGGAUUAUUUAUUAAAUUUAAUUGAUACACCAGGACAUGUAGAUUUCAAUUACGAAGUUAGCAGAUCCUUGAUGGCAUGUCAAGGUGCAUUGUUAGUAGUUGAUGCUGUGCAAGGUGUUCAAGCUCAAACUAUGGCAAAUUUUUAUUUAGCAUUGGACGCAGGUUUGGAGGUGAUUCCAGUUAUCAAUAAAAUAGAUUUACCAACUGCCGAUGUCAAUAGGGUAAAGCAAGAGUUAAAGGAUGUUUUUGGAUUUCAUCCAGAUGAUUGUGUUUUGGUUAGUGCCAAAACCGGUAUUGGAAUUAAAGAUAUUUUACCAGCUGUUAUUGAACGUAUUCCACCACCAUCAUCCGAAGGCAUAAAGAAAACAUUCAAAGGUUUAUUGUUUGAUUCUUGGUUUGAUAGAUUCCGUGGUGUAAUUUGUUUGGUUAAAGUUGUCGAUGGUCAAAUUAAAAGGGGUGAACAAAUUGUCGCCGCUGGUAGUGGUCAAGUUUAUGAGGUUUUCGAUUGUGGAAUUAUGCAUCCAGAACAAAAGACAACAGGUGCACUCUAUACUGGUCAAGUAGGUUAUAUUACUCCAGGUAUGAAAACAAGUAAAGAGGCUAGAGUUGGUGAUACAUUUUAUAUUAAAGAUCAUCCAGUAGAACCAUUACCAGGUUUCCAACCUGCUAAACAAAUGGUUUUCGCUGGUGUUUAUCCAGUAGAUUCACUAGAUUACAACCCAUUAAAAGAUUCAUUCGAAAAAUUAAUGUUAACCGAUAGUAGUAUCUCAAUUAGCAAGGAGAAUUCCGUUGCUUUGGGUAUGGGUUUUAGAUGUGGCUUUUUAGGUUUACUUCACAUGGAUGUAGUAUUACAGCGUUUAGAACAAGAAUAUGGUCAAAUUGUCAUUGCCACACCACCAACUGUACCAUACCGUUGUUUGUUAACUAGCGGUGAAGAAAAAAUCAUUUCAAAUCCAGCAGAAUACCCAACUCCAGAUGUUUUAGAUAGAACUUUUGAACCAAUGGUUAAAGGUUUUAUUGUAUUACCAACCGAACAUUUUGGUGCAAUUGUUAAGCUUUGUAUGGAUAGUAGAGGUAUUCAACAAAACCAUGAAACUUUAGAAGGUGGUCGUAUCCGUUUAACCUUUAGUUUCCCACUUGCCGAAAUUGUUACCGAUUUCUAUGAUAAUCUUAAAAGGGUUUCUAGUGGUUAUGCCUCUUUAGACUAUGAAGAUAAUGGAUAUGCCGAAUCUGAUGUAGUUAAAGUACGUAUUCUUUUAAAUGGUGAAGAGGUAGAUUCACUCUCUGCCAUUGUACAUAGAUCAAAAGCUCAAAAUUUUGCUCGUUCUUUAGUUAAACGUUUAAAGAAUGUUGUUGAAAGACAAAUGUUCCAAGUUAAUAUUCAAGCUGCUGCAGGUGGUGAUAUUUUAUCAAGAGAAACUAUUUCUGCAAUGAGAAAGGAUGUUACUGCUAAAUGCUAUGGUGGUGAUAUUACAAGAAGAAGAAAGUUAUUAGAUAAACAAAAAGAAGGUAAAAAGAGAAUGAAAUCGAUGGGUUGUGUUGAAUUAAGUCAAGAGGGUUUCCUUAAACUAAUGAAAUCUUCAAACGAUGAUGAAUAA